AUGGUUGACUCGCAUGCUAAUCAAUUCUUCGAGGAAAUGAAACAAGAGUUCGAAAUGAGUGUGAAUGGUGAGCUGACAUACUUUCUAGGCUUCCAAUUCCAGCAAUCCACCAACGGUAUUUUUGUGUCUCAACCGAAGUAUGCCAAAUAUCUUGUGAAAAGACUCAAUUUGGAUGGAAAAAGUCAUGCUCACACACCCAUGAGUACGAGUGUCAAGCUGAGUGCAGAUGUGGCUCGGAAAUCUAUUGAACAAUCUUUGUACCAAAGCAUGAUAGGCUGCCUUGUCUACCUUACAUCUAGUCGGCUCGAUAUAUCCUUCAGUGUGGGUGUCUGUGCUCGAUUUCAAGCUAAUCCCAAGGAAUCUCAAUUGACAGCUGUUAAACAGAUCCUCAUGUAUGUGAAUGGCACUGUCCAUUUUGAUAUUAGUUUUUUUAGAAAAACAAAUCUUGAGCUUGUAGGUUAUUUUGAUUUUGAUUGGGCCGGAAAUGCAGAUGAUCGGAAGAGUACAUCUAGCGGUUGUUUCUAUGUGGGUACAAACUUGGUCGCCUGGAAGAGAAAGAAACAAAACCCCAUCUCCCUCUCCACUACUAAGGCUGAAUAUAUAGCUGCCGGAGUUGUUGCACGCAGCUAA